UUUUAGCGCAAUGGAUUACGAUUUUAAGAUGAAGACCCAAAUGGAGCGCACCAAGGUGGAAGAUCUGUUCAACUACGAAGGAUGCAAGGUGGGGCGGGGCACCUACGGACACGUCUACAAGGCAAAGUGGAAGGAGACAAGCGACGGCAAAGAAUAUGCCCUUAAGCAAAUAGAUGGCACUGGUCUGUCCAUGUCCGCUUGCCGGGAGAUCGCCCUGCUGCGGGAGCUGAAGCACCAGAAUGUAAUUACCCUGAUCCGGGUGUUUCUUUCGCACAAUGACCGAAAGGUGUUCCUUCUGAUUGACUAUGCGGAGCAUGAUCUGUGGCACAUCAUCAAGUUCCAUAGGGCGGCAAAGGCUUCGAAGAAACAGGUGGUUGUACCCCGUGGCAUGGUGAAGAGUUUGCUGUACCAAAUUUUGGACGGCAUCCACUACCUUCACAGCAACUGGGUGCUGCAUCGGGAUCUGAAGCCAGCCAACAUCCUGGUGAUGGGCGAUGGCAAUGAGCGAGGAAGGGUUAAAAUCGCUGACAUGGGCUUCGCGCGACUGUUUAAUGCGCCCUUGAAGCCGUUGGCUGAUCUAGAUCCAGUGGUGGUCACCUUUUGGUAUCGCGCCCCGGAACUACUGCUGGGCGCUCGCCAUUACACCAAGGCCAUUGAUAUUUGGGCCAUCGGCUGCAUCUUCGCCGAGCUACUGACGUCGGAACCAAUUUUCCACUGCCGCCAGGAGGACAUUAAGACAAGCAAUCCCUACCACCACGACCAGUUGGACAGGAUUUUCAACGUCAUGGGUUUCCCGCAGGAUAAGGAUUGGGAGGACAUCAAGAAGAUGCCGGAACACCAUACCUUAACGAAGGAUUUCAAGCGGUCCACGUACUCCACCUGCUCGCUGGCCAAGUACAUGGAGCGACACAAGAUUAAGCCGGACAGCAAGGCCUUCCAUCUGCUGCAGAAGCUGUUACUGAUGGAUCCCAACAAGCGCAUAACCUCCGAGCAGGCCAUGCAGGAUCAGUACUUCCAAGAGGAGCCGUUGCCCACGCAGGACGUCUUUGCCGGCUGCCCCAUUCCGUAUCCCAAGAGGGAGUUCCUCACCGACGAUGAUCAAGAGGAUAAGUCCGACACUAAGCGCCAACAGCAGCAGCAACAACAGCAACAGCAGCAACAACAACAGCAACAGCAGCAGCAACAACAGCAGCAAAUGAACUCGUCGGAGCCGAAUGCGAAGAGAGUACGGUUGUCGGGAGCUGGCAACCAGCAGGACUUCCACCACCAGCAGCAGCAGGCUCAACAGCAACAGCAGCAACAACAGCAGCAGCAACAGCAACAAAUGAUGUUCAACCAGCAACAGAAUUUCCAGCAACGCUUCAACUGAGAGACUGAUUAAUGCAGCAUUUUUAUACCACUCCUUUACUACUCCUAGCCUUCUAAGUAUUUAAUGACUUUAGUGCGUAACGAAAAUACAAAAAACCGUACAGUAA